AUGACCAUUCAACCCGAGUUCAAGAACGCUGCUACUCUCACUUUCCUGGAGUUGGUCAAGUCCCGUCGCACCUACUACGACCUCAAGGCUGAGAGCGCCAUCACCGACGAGGCCAUUGAGAGCAUUGUCCGUGACUCUGUUCUCCACGUGCCUAGCUCUUUCAACACCCAGACCUCCCGCAUCGUCCUCCUGCUCAAGGAGGAGCACCAGAAGGUGUGGGACGUUGCUCUCAAUGCUCUUGAGGGUCUCGUCACCGCUGGCGUGGUCCCCAAAGAGCAAUUUGAGGGCUCCACCAAGCCCAAGCUGGAAUCUUUCCGCGCCGCCUACGGAACUGUCCUUUUCUUCGUCGACUUCGAGUCGCUCGCUCCUAUCAAGGAGAAGUUCGCCAUCUACGCCGACAAGUUCGAUCCUUUCGCCAUUGAGUCAAACGCUAUGUCCCAGUACCUCAUCUGGGUUGCUCUUCAGUCCGAGGGUCUCGGCGCCAACCUGCAGCACUACAGCCCUCUGAUCGAUGAGCAGGUCGCUAAGACCUGGAACAUCCCUGCCUCAUGGAAGUUAGAUGCCCAGCUGGUCUUCGGUACUCCUACUUCUGAGCCCGGCGAGAAGGCUUUCGCUCCUAUUCAGGAUCGCUUCAAGGUUUUCGGAAAAUAA